AUGGAGGAACUGAAGCAAAAAAGUGUGGUGUUCGAGCUUAGGUGGAGAAAUAAAACAGCGAUUCUCGGGAGAAUUGGAAGGUCUAAGCUCUUGGGUAAAGCAGAGAUACUGUGGAAAGACGUGUUGGAAUCGUCCGAGUUAGCAAUUGAGAGAUGGGUUACCAUGGAAGCCACGAGGAGUCAUGUUCUUGAAGGUCUCAACCCACCUGCACUGCAUGUAGAGAUGAAGGUUGGAGUUCCUGGAACGACGGAGAAGGUGAGAAAGAGGAGGUUGGGUGAGUGUCGCUGCAGACAUGAAGGGUGUAAUGGUGGAGGUGACGACCUUUUUGCACUGGCUUUGGCGUUAGAAGCUUUAUAG